AUGACCGACCCUUCAAUGUAUAACGCAAUGGGUCAGGGAUCUGGCGAAGACCCAUCCAAUCCGCACUACAUGGCUCAACAGCCUCCCCCUCAGCAUUACCCGGCCGGUUACUCCCCUGGCGCUGUACCUCCGCAACCAGGUGCGCCUUACGCCAAUCCAGCUCCGAAUCAAUGGCCCGCCUACGGCUCACCACAACAACCGGGUCUAGCGAGUCCCGGCGUUCCAUAUAAUGCAGCACAGCAAGCUCCAAUGGGUAUGGCGGGAACUCAUGGUAUGGCAGGCUUAGCCUCCCAGAUGAGCGGUUUAGGAAUUGCAGCAGAUGCGGGGGCGAGGACACAACGGAAGAAGCACCGUCAUGCCCACCAUGACAUUGGAGGCGCCACAGCAACCCCCGCGCAACCUGUCAACGAUGGUCAAGGAGCCCUGCCGCAAUCGCAAUCACAGUUCCUGAACACGGGCUUGAAUCAACACGCGGAACGGCCAGUUUCCCCGGCAGUGGGGUUGGUGUCUGGGCAGGCUGCUCCCGAGAUACCAGGUAGGCCGAGCGGUGCAGGUUCUGUUCCGACUCAAGGUCGAAUUGAUCCCGAGCAUAUCCCCAGCAUUCCGCGAUCGCGCGACCUGCCCGCUCAGUACUACUUCAACCAUGUUUAUCCGACAAUGGACCAACAUCUCCCUCCGCCAGCCGCGAUCCCGUUCGUGGCCCACGACCAAGGCAACUCCUCACCUAAAUACGCUCGCUUGACCCUCAACAACAUCCCCUCUGCCUCGGACUUCCUUACCUCGACUGGUUUGCCAUUGGGCAUGGUUCUGCAGCCCCUCGCGCCUCUGGAUCCUGGCGAGCAGCCAAUUCCCGUGCUAGACUUCGGGGAUGCUGGUCCCCCGCGAUGCCGACGAUGCCGAACAUAUAUCAACCCGUUCAUGUCUUUCAGAUCUGGCGGCAGCAAGUUUGUCUGCAAUAUGUGUACUUUCCCCAAUGAUACCCCCGCCGAAUACUUUGCGCCGCUGGAUGCGUCCGGUGCGCGUGUAGAUCGCAUGCAGCGCCCAGAAUUGUUGAUGGGAACUGUCGAGUUCACGGUACCAAAGGAAUAUUGGAACAAAGAGCCCGUGGGCCUCCAGACUCUCUUUUUGAUCGAUGUCAGCCGGGAAUCAGUUCAUCGAGGAUUCCUGAAGGGUGUUUGUCAGGGUAUUCGGGAUGCUCUCUAUGGCGAUGGCACCGAAUCAUCAGAAGGUGAAGGUGAUGAAUCAUCGCGAAAAUUGCCUCCUGGAGCAAAGGUCGGCAUCGUCACUUAUGAUAAGGAAGUGCACUUUUACAACCUGACUGCCUCACUGGGCCAAGCACAAAUGAUGGUCAUGACUGACUUGGAUGAGCCAUUCGUGCCCUUGAGUGAAGGUCUCUUCGUGGAUCCAUAUGAAUCAAAGUCUGUUAUUACUUCUCUUCUUAGCCGGCUACCAAGCAUCUUCUCGUCUAUCAAAUACCCCGAGUCAGCUUUGCUGCCGACAUUGAACUCGGCGCUCUCCGCACUGCAAGCCACAGGUGGCAAAAUCGUCUGUGCCUUGGCUAGCUUGCCUACGUACGGUCCGGGGCAUCUGUCGGUGAGAGAGGACCCCAAGGUUCACGGGACGGAUGCAGAGAAGAAACUGUUUACUACGGAAAACCCAGCCUGGAAGAAAACAGCAAGCAAGUUGGCUGAAGCUGGAGUUGGGUUGGACUUGUUCAUGGCGGCCCCUGGUGGCGCCUAUCUCGACGUGGCAACAAUUGGACAUGUCUCUAGUCUCACCGGAGGCGAGACCUUCUUCUACCCCAAUUUCCAUGCCCCGCGCGAUAUUCUCAAGCUGCGGAAUGAGAUUGCUCACGCCGUGACUCGUGAGUCUGGUUACCAGACCCUCAUGAAAGUUCGAUGCUCCAAUGGGCUUCAGGUGUCCGCCUACCAUGGCAACUUUGUUCAACACGCGAUGGGAGCCGAUCUAGAGAUUGCGGGCGUCGACGCCGACAAGGCCAUUAGCGUGCUGUUCAGCUACGAUGGGAAACUCGAUCCCAAGCUGGACGCCCACUUCCAGGCCGCAUUGCUCUACACUUCUGCUGACGGGCAACGGCGUGUUCGGUGUAUCAACGUUGUGGCGGCGGUAAACGAAGGAGGCCUGGAAACAAUGAAGUUCGUCGACCAAGAUGCCGUUGUUUCGGUCAUUGCCAAGGAGGCUGCCUCGAAAACCUUGGAUAAGACGCUGAAGGACAUCCGAGCCAGUAUUUCAGAGAAGACAGUCGAUAUCUUCAGCGGAUACCGCAAGAUCUUCUCUGGCUCCCAUCCGCCCGGCCAGUUAGUUCUGCCAGAGAACCUAAAAGAAUUCUCAAUGUACAUGCUCAGCUUGGUCAAAUCGAGAGCGUUCAAAGGUGGACCCGAGUCAUCAGACCGAAGGGUGCAUGAUAUGCGUAUGAUCAGGUCCAUGGGCUGCACGGAAAUGUCCCUGUAUCUCUACCCUCGGAUCAUUCCUGUCCACAACAUGCAGCCGGAAGAUGGAUUUGCGAAUGAGCAGGGACAACUCCAAAUCCCGCCGAGUCUGCGGGCUAGCUUCUCUCGCAUCGAAGACGGCGGUGUCUAUAUCGUGGACAAUGGCCAGGCCAUUCUACUCUGGCUACACGCACAGGUCUCACCCAACCUAUUGGAGGACCUAUUCGGACCGGGUUGCGACUCCCUCCAGGCGUUGAACCCCAACACCUCGUCUCUGCCUGUCCUCGAGACGCACCUAAACGCACAGGUGCGCAACCUGCUGCAAUACCUGUCGACGGUCCGCGGAUCCAAGUCUGUAACGAUUCAACUGGCCCGGCAAGGCCUGGACGGGGCGGAAUACGAGUUCGCCCGACUCCUGCUGGAGGAUCGGAAUAACGAGGCCCAGAGCUACGUGGACUGGUUGGUGCACAUCCACCGACAGAUUAACCUUGAGCUGGCUGGUCACCGCAAGAAGGAGGACUCCGGUGAGGGCGCAUUGGCUAGUUUGUCGGCCAUGCGUGCUCCGUAUUGGUAG